AUGCAGACACGUCGCAGCACCGUCCUUGGAAAGCGUGGCCACCAAGACUCGUCGUCGCCAGCACCAGCACCGACGCAGGUCUGUGAACAGCUCCAGACGCCCGACAACACCCCCAACCCGAAGCGCCCUCGUACCUCCUUCACCUUUGUCGACGAUGGCAGCAACAAGGAGAACAUUCCUCCUCUUUCUGCCUCCCCUAUCAACGGAGAGCUGACGCCUCGCGCUGCGCGCAUGCUCAGACGGACCUCCACGGCAGAGGCUAUCACACCUCCACGUAGCCGACCAGUUCCACGAAGGACCGCUUCGGUUGCUUCAAUGCCGCCUGCCACCCCCUCGACAGAAAUUUCCACGCUUGCCAUUGCAACGCCUCCACCUACUCCUCCCACCAGUCUGCUUCCUAUCCACUCUCGUGCCCGUGCUUUGCUCCGCUCUACCUGUAACAACACUCAAGCCCAGAUUGCUGGCCGCGACAAUGAGCGCGCAGCCAUCCUCAGCUUCCUCGCACCCUUCAUCGAGGGCACAUCCAUGAACGACGACGAGGCUGUCAACAGCAUGUUCAUCUCAGGUACCCCAGGAACUGGGAAGACUGCUCUCGUCAACGCCAUCAUUCGCGAACUCUCAAGCGACACGAACUGCGAUGUCAAGGUCAUCUCCAUUAAUUGCAUGGCGCUGAAGAGCGUUGACGGCUUGUGGGAACGAAUGAUCGAGGAGUUUGGCGAAGCGCCGAAAAGAAAAUCGGCUGCAAGCAAGAAGCUCAAAGGACGCGAUGCAGUCACUUCUCUCCUUAAUAGCUUCAACACGAAAUCCGUCCUCAUCCUUGACGAGCUUGAUCAUAUUACACCCAACGAACAGACACUUUCAUCAAUCUUCACGCUUACCGAAACCCUGUCCACGACUUUACGUCUUAUUGCUAUCGCCAACACCCACACCCUUACCUCAUCCUCGUUUUCGACCUCUUUUUCCCCUUCCUCGAAUGUCCAGACAAUCCACUUUGCUCCGUAUACGCCAGCGCAACUGCAGGACAUCCUCCAGACGCGCCUCAAGUCUCUCUCUGAUGAUGAACAGGCCGCAACGGCAAUGAAGAAGUUCCUGCCCACCCCAACCCUGACUUUGUUGACCAAGAAGAUCGCUUCCCUGACAGGUGAUGUCCGCAGUGUCUUCGAAGUCCUUCGAGGCGCCAUCGAACUGGCUGUCGCUGCAUCGGCACCCAAGUCUGAAGACGAGAACCCUCUCAACACCCCAGCCACGAGUGUCACCCCUCAACACGUCCUUGCGGCACUGAAAGCCUACACCCCUGCCUCCGCCGCGCCAAAGACCUCUAACGCAGCCACAUCCAUCUCCACCCCAGCAGCCACCAGCAGCAACAGCGAGACGGUUAUGAAAAUCCGUAACCUUGGUCUUCAAGCUCGUCUCGUCCUUCUCACCAUUCUCCUUGCCUCCAAACGUCUCGAAGCCGGCCUCACUCUAUCAUCAUCUUCACCAACAUCACCGAAGAAGCCUGCAGCGUCGCCCAUGAAGCGUACUCUUUCCGCUCCUAUGGCUUCGUCGAGCCGGGCAGUCGGAAUCGAGACCAGCUCCCUGCAUACCUACUACACCGCAGUCAUGUCGCGCACUGAGCUCGGAAUUUUUGAGCCUGUUUCGCGAGUAGAGUUCGGCGACUUGAUGGGUGUCUUGGAAGGUGUUGGACUCGUUUCGCUCUCGUCUUCCCUCCUUUCUUCAACCUCAGCCAGCCCAAGCAAAGGCAAGAGGGCCUUUGGUCGUUCUGCUUCCUUCGGUGGCGGACUCGGCAAGAACGGCGCUGGUGCCGUUGGUGAUGUCAGACUGGUUGAAGGCCUUUGGGCCGACGAGAUCCUCCGCGGUUUGGGCGUCACUGCUGAUGCAUCGCCUGCUGAUGCUCGCGAGGAGGAGGUCCGGGGUAUCUGGGAGAGGGAGAAGUCACGUCUCGCGAAGGACCUCAAGGCUUCACUUGCUGGGCCUACUGAACUCGACACAUUCGCGGGUGCCUAUCGAGGAUAA